AUGGUCUUGACAUAUCUUGGCGUCUCAUGCUCAGCAUUCCAGCAGCUCUUGCAGGUGGAGAGGAGUAGGCGCAAACAAAUGAUGCAAGUGGAACACCUCCGAUCCGCUGAGCAGUGGCUGGCGUUGUCUGAGCGACAUUUUGUCCACGAUUGGAGUGUGAAGUCCAAGAUGAAGGUCUCACGUGACUUCAUGGGUCACUUCUACGAAUACUUGCCUGCCGGAUCCAUCUUCGAUGGUUGGAGAGGGUACUGGAAUUUAGAUACCUGGUUUCCUACGUUCUGCCCCCCUGAUGAAGCGCCAGCUUUAGGUGAAGACCUCGUCUUCACCUAUGGCAGGCCCAUGGGGCAGCGCAGCAUGGCCAUGUGGAAACGAGACAGGGAGGCUAUGGCGCGGAGGCGUCAAGGUCAGCUUUGA